ACUUUUGUCUCAAGGUCAUUAUGUCCCAACCUUUUGCUCCUCUGCCGUACAGAACGGAUCAUCGCAAAAGAUGUUUUGCUACAUUAUCACUCAUUUGUGAUGAUGAAUCUCUAUCAGAUGCACAACUAAAGGCUUAUCAAACACGCCUACAAGAAUACCGCACAUUUUUGGAUGCAGUCAGUCGCCUUGCACUUUGUAGCAAUGUAUGCGUGACAGAGGAGGCUGUCACGAUAGGAGAACAUGGUUUACUAACUGGGGAGUCCUUAAACGCACUUCAACAUGCCGGAGCGAUAUCUGUGUAUAAUACGCUGCAGCAAAAUAAUUGGGAAUUUCCUAUUUCUGAAGGUAGACUUCUAUAUUAUAUUAAUUUUCAUGUUUCAGAGGGUGAAGUAGCCAUAGUUAAGGCUCAUGUUCCUAUUCCUGAUGAGUUUUUAGAUUCCGAAAAACCUAUUCGUUCUGACUGGCCUGCAGUCCAUAUUUCAGAAUGCUUUGUUGAGGGUGAACGAGCAAAACUCCAUGGUUCUGUCCGGCCACUACGAACUUUCUUACCGCCUACUAUUGUUUUUCGUAAUGCUGCAGAUGUAGAUGAAGAUGUUCCAGAACCAGAAGUCAAUAUCAUAAAUUCUGGUCCAGAAGGAAGCAUUGAAAUAGUUCAAUCGUUGAAGGGCUUAUCAGUUAAAAAGCCGGGUAAAGAUGGUAAAGGAGAAAUCUGUUGUUGACCCCAAAUAGUCUUCUAACGAUUUUUGAGAUAAUUUUUUGUGCAAAUUCACGGAAUAAUAAAGAAAACUAAAUUCUAUGUCUUUUGUAUAUAUAAUCUACAUCCAUUUGUUUUGAUUUAGUGACAGAUCAGUACUCCUUUACGUCGUUUUACCAAGUCAUAAAACGUAAUUGUUAGUAAAAACAACAUCAAGUAGGAUUCCUAGUAAGAUCAUUGCUAAUCAUGGAUGAUUGCAGAAUAUGUUAUAAUUCGGGCUGGAUUUAGGAAAAGCUUGUUAUUCUACAGAAUUCAAAAUGUCGUACAACAAUAUCUAUGACCUUAGAACGCAGGAAAAUCAUAAAUCCAAAGCAAGACUAACUAGUUAAAUCAUAGUAAAGGUCAGUGUGAUUGAGUUAAAAGUUACCAAGGUCUCCCUUAUUUGUCAUAACUAUCAUUUAUAAAGAAAAGUAAACGAAAAACUGUCUUAACAGUUUGUGGUCUUCAUAUAGAUACAUUUUAAACACCCCUAAAAUAAGAUAUGUAGUAAGAAACGUACUGAUUAAGUUUUUACUAUCCUGUUAAUAAUUUCUAGGUUUUAUUAAUUGGAAUUCCUAAGGAUUUCUGUCUAUAGUUCCCGAUAAUGCCAGUUUAAAUUUUUUUUUCAAGAUAUAAACCCCAGCAAACAUAAAACUUUCACAUCAUGUGUACAGUCCACCAUGGCGUAACUUACUUUGUUCAGUAGCCAUAUUAAAAACAUAAUUCGCGAAAUUCCGUUAACAUUGAACUCGAUAACUAUCCUGCGUUUAUUUCCUAAAAUUAUUUUAUUUCUAACUUAGCUCAUCUGCAGUUCGUAAGCCUCACAAUAUUAUUUAUUACUUAUCAUUCAUUCCUAUUUAAAAUCGUCAUUUAGUUAAGUACAUUCCAAUCGACGAGUAUUAUUUUGGGCGUCAAGAUGGAAACACCGAUUAUGUGGAGGAAAAAGGUGAUUUCAGAUUCAAAUGUGCGGUUUGUCAACGAAUUUUCUACUCAAAUACAAAAUUAAUGUCUCAUAUUCUUGGUCAUGUUGAUGAGGCUUCACAAGCUUGCCUAGACACAGCAGAUACUACACAAUGUUCCGUUUGUAAUCAGAUGUUCUCUUGUGCGUUUGAUCUGAGAGAUCAUAUUGAAAAAGAGCAUACUGUUCCACCCUCUGAUUCUAAUUUGAUAAGUGAUGAAGCGAAAACGAACCCCCUUGUUCAAAUCACCUCACAGCUAUUAACUCAACAACGAAUAGAUGGUCAUGAUGAUCCUGUCAGUAAUUUUGACCAUGUGGAAAUUUUAGCACCAAACUUUAAUGGUACCACAAAUACACCUAGUUGCCGCAUUUGCGGAAAAGUUGCUGCCAGCAAAUUAUUAUUAGCUCAUCACCUUCAGUCUACUCAUCGUCAACGUGAAAUGCCUUAUGUUUGUCGCCUAUGUUUGUUUCGAUCAUCUAUGUAUGAAGAUAUACUGGACCAUUUCAAAAAGAUGCAUGAUAGUUCAAACCACUUACUUUGUACCUAUUGUCUUCGUAUAUUUACCCCUUCGGAUGCGCGUUCAAACGCUCAACCAGUUUGUAUGUCAGCUUCUGGUGGGAUAAGUACUGUAGGUCUAGGUUUAGGUGUUGGUCAGACGCAAGUUUAUCUUCAACAUUUACGUCUACAUCAAAUCAAACAUCAACUUCGUCGAUGUCCAACAUGUCGUUUAAAUUUCACUAAUAAAUCAGACUACCAAGUACAUCGACGCCUAGAUCAUAAAGCCACAAGAGAUUUAGGUACUGAGAAGCCAGAUCUUCGUCAAGAUUCAUAUGAGCUAGAAUGUUAUCAAACAAAACAGCAUACAACCCAGGCUACUGAGAACUUCGGCGAUCAUAACACAUCCAUAGAUUCGAUUCGUAUAGUUCGACCACAUAUAACAUCAAUGAAUGCUCCAGAGGCUGGUUGUGCAAAAAACUUAGCUAUAAAUUUCUUACCUGAGAAUAUUGAGAAUCUAGAAUGUCUGGAAUGUGGAAAACGUAUGGGUGAUUCUGAUCAUUCGCAAUAUUUACCGUGUUCCGUGUGCAGAUUUGCAACCUGCUGUAGGGUUGGUUUUCAGCGUCAUUUUCAAAAACUUCAUGUCUAUUCGAACGCUUCUCAAUCAACAGAUCUUGAUUGUGGUAUGCCAAUGGUUCGUCAGAUCUUUUUCGACUGGUGCAAUGAAUACGAUCUUCCAUGUAACGGUAAUGUGUCAUUAGAAGUAGCGACUGUUUCAGGUGAUCGACAAGAACAUGUCGUAAACGAGAUUACAGAUUUGACACCUAGUGACAUGGCGAAUUUUACAACAGUUGUCUUUACUGAUGAAAUGGGCCAUGUUGUGAAUGUACCAGAAACUGAAAAGCACAGUUUGACAGAACAACCUAAUCCGAAUGACUCUGUUGCAAGAUAUAUGGAAAAUCAAGUCGAUUCGCGAAUUCUGUACUGUUCACACUGUGGAACAAGUAACUUAGAUGGUAAUAGUCUUGCACGACACCUUGUUGAAGAAUGUGGAACACUAACUGCAACGCUACAUCCAAACUUGUCAAUAUCAUUUGCACAGACAGACGCUGAACAAAAUGAAGCUUCUGAAAAACAUCAAGAGUCGGAUCGAAAUGGAUUUCAGAAUGAUAACCCAUUUGGAACUACAGAUCAGAAGAUUAUCAUGAUUAGUAGUGAACCUUCCUUAUUGUCUACAUCAGCUACCAAUAUUUCCGAUAAUGAUGUAGUUAUGAUGACCGUUGAUACAGACCAAUCAUCAUCCAUGAGACUUGUUGAAUCACAGGAAGAUCAAACAGCCAUACUCAGUGGAACUCAGAUUACAACUCAAAGCGAUGGAACAACUACCAUUGAUGUAACUGAUGAAGGUGGAGAAGUAGUACAACAAUUUAUCCUUCCUGAUGAUCUUCAACUUGAAGAAGGUCAAACAUUAGUAAUGAUUCAAGGUGAAAAUGGUCAACCUCAACUAGCUAUUGUAAAUCAAGCUGACUUAAUAAACGAUAAUAAUUCAGAGAUAUUAGUGCAAACUGAUCAUGGAGAAGCCAAUGAUAUCCUGAUUUACACUAAUGGCUUAGAAACUCAAGUUGAAAGUUCGGGAUUGAGAAGAGAAGAAGAAGAAAAAGAAAAUCAACAAUUCAUUAUGUAAUAUUUGUAAUAUUUAUCUGUUCAAUCUCUAUAUAAAUAAAUUUAUGUUUAACAAUUUCCAUGUCUUUUCGAUGACAACAAAUGCAUAAAUGUUGAUAUACUUCUAGUAACUUUAUUCAAUGAAAGGGAAGGUCUUGUUACCAUAGUAACAAAUUGUGCUCGUUCCGUUAAACUUGUAUAACAUAAACAAUCUGUAAUCAAUUCGAUCAAUAUGUUACUAUGUGGUAUUUGGGUUAAUUUUAAUUGAUAUUCUUGACUAAUAGAUUGUAUAUUUCCAGUGAUAAAACUUAAAAAAAUAAAUUGUUUACAUGGAAAUAAAUUUGCUAAGCAACAAUAAAGUUCUGCAUAUUUUAUUAGAAGUUUUUCAGGUGGUGGUAUACCUUUCGUUAAUAUUAAUAAUAUACAUAUAUUAAUUUCAAAGAGUAAUUUAUCAUCUAAAAUCAUGAAUGGAUCAAUAUUGUUUUCAUAAGUUAUUAUAGUUAAUAAAUGACAUGCUAAUUGAAUACAUGACUCGACAGUUGAACAUUCUGGUACACUAAUGCCGCUGAAUGCUAGGGAUAAAAAUAAUUUUAGCGACAUAUGAGCAUCAUCAUUGAAGAGAUUGAAAAUAGGUUUUCUUUGUUGGUUUCCUUUUGUUUCCUAGAAAGAAGUUUUAUGGGGAAAAAACCAGUUUUGUUAGUAUUUCAUAAGAGAAGUAUAGUCGGAUAGUUUUGAUAAUAGUAGAGCUAUGAGUUAAUGGUAAAAGGAAAAUGUAGUUGUAAAGCAGUUUUUUUCAAGUUUCUUUAUGGAAAUAAUCAAAAUCUAUCGAAUAGAAACCAUUCCAUAAAAUCAUUGUUCAGUCAGUCACAAUGUAGAACUUCGUACGUACGUACA